GCGAAUUUAAAAAAAAAAAAGAAGAUGAAGCGCUCGCUCGGCCGCCGCUGACGCUGAAGCAAGCUGGACACCGAAGUCGACUCCGACCUCCCCUCCGACAACGGAGGUUCUUCCCUCUGUCCGAACCGGCCGAUCCGACGUCGUCGCUUAGCAGGUUUCGGCUGUCUGAAUCCAGCGCUGUUUCUGGUUCAUAGCAGGUGAAAUCCCUGUUCCGUUAGGCGCGAAUAUAUUCAGUUCUCUCUGGACCUGGACUUCGGUGAAUUCUUUUAGGAUUUGAAAAAUCUUUUUCUCCGACUAAAGUCUCUGGUCAAUCCAUGUUGUUGGUCCCAAUGGCCGUUAACCAUCUGCACUCGAUCUUCUUAUUGGCACUCUUUGCAUUGCCUCUUCUUUUCUCUACCCCGACCGAGCCUCGAGAAGUAGAAACCGAUGUGCCGAUUGCGCGGUUCCAGCAGUACCUCAGGAUCAAUACGGCCCACCCUAACCCUGACUAUGCUGGAGCUGUCUCCUUUCUUAAGGACCAAGCUCAGGCCAUUUCCCUCCAAACCUGUAUCCUAGAGUUCGUCCCAAAAAAGCCCGUUUUGGUUUUGACUUGGUUAGGAUCCGACCCUUCUCUUCCUUCCGUCCUUUUCAACUCCCAUAUGGACUCUGUCCCCACCGAGCCAUCCAAGUGGAUUCAUCCUCCCUUUUCUGCCUUCAAAGAUUCCAAUGGAAAGAUCUUCGCUCGGGGGGCGCAAGAUGACAAGUGCAUUGCCGUUCAGUAUAUUGAGGCCAUUAGGAACCUUAAGGAGAAGAAUUUUGUACCACUUCGCACAAUUCAUGUCUCGUAUGUGCCGGAUGAGGAGAUCGGUGGAUUUGAUGGGGCGGCUAAGUUUGUGGGAUCCGAAGAGUUCAAGGAACUGAACGUGGGGUUUGUCUUGGAUGAGGGGCAGGCAUCCGUUACCGAUGAGUUUCGGGUUUUCUAUGCUGACCGGUCACCUUGGGGGCUAAUGAUUAAGGCUAAGGGAGCACCUGGACAUGGAUCGAGGAUGUAUGACAACAGCGCUAUGGAGAAUUUGAUGAAGAGCAUGGAAGCCAUAAGCAAGUUCAGGGAGAGCCAAUUUGAUAAGGUCAAGGCUGGAAUUGCAGCAAUUUCCGAAGUCAUUUCAAUCAAUCCUGUCUACAUGAAAGCUGGAAUUCCUUCGCCAACUGGUUUUGUCAUGAAUGUGCAGCCUUCAGAUGCCGAGGCUGGCUUUGAUGUCCGUCUGCCUCCGACUGCAGACCCUGAUCUUGUAAAGAAAAGAAUUGCUGAAGAAUGGGCCCCGGCUAUCAGGAAUAUGACAUACCAGAUAACUCAGACAGGACCUAUUCGAGACUACGAGGGGCGCCCAUUAAUGACUAGAACAGAUGAUUCCAACCUUUGGUGGUCUGCCUUUAAUCAAGCUGUUGCGGCAGCUGGAGGAAAGCUUGCAAAGCCUGAAAUCUUAUCUUCAACUACUGAUGCAAGAUUCAUUCGACAGCUGGGGAUUCCUGCUCUUGGGUUCUCUCCAAUGAUCAAUACUCCAAUACUGCUUCAUGAUCAUAAUGAGUUUUUGGAGGAUAAAGUCUUCUUGAGGGGGAUAAAGGUAUAUGAAUCCAUAAUUAGUUCUUUGAGUUCCUUUGUUGAAGAAUCACAGAGGAACAUGAUUUAGCUAACUCCUGAUUGAGUAGCAAAUUAAUGCUGCUUGUAAUUGCAGUAUCUAUAUGAUAAAUCUGGAUAAUUUGAUAAGGCUGCUUCUUGUUGUUGUUGUCCUCUAAAAAGCUCUCCCACACAUGUUACUGGCAUUCACCAAUUCAUGUUGAAGUGAAGCUCAAGUUGUGAGCUUCUCCUUGUAUUACAACAUAGCAAUAAGAGGGUCUCGGCCAUAGUGUAGACAUGAAUAACCGUUUUGGUUCUGAGCUCCAGUAUGGACCAUAUUUCCAUCUGUGAGGUUACUGACUCUGAAUAAAUUGUAUAUGAGUGUCUAAGAUGUUGAAGAGGGACAUCUCUUUGAUGAGUUUGCCAUAGUCUCUUUCUGUUUCUGAAAUUGCAUCUGCAAGAAUGUGGUAUUUUCCUAGCUU